AUGGACGGCGAGAGCGAGGUGGAGCUUUCCAGCAACGGCUUGACCCCUUUGUGGCGGAGGCGCUCGACCCCUCCGCCCCAGCUGCUGGCCCGCAGCAAGCCGAGGCCCCAGUCCUACCAGAGCCCCAGCGGGCUUCUGAUCACCGACUUCCCGCUGGAGGAACGCAUGGCGCCCCCCGUCCCGGCCGGCGGGACGGCGCCCCGGAGCCCGCUGCAGCCGUGCACCCACGGGAAGGCGCGGACGGUCUCCUCGGAGCUCAGAGCCGCCUCUCCUCGACUCCUCCGACCAGAGUCUCCCCAGGUCCCCAAAUUGGCGGCGGGCGGCUACCCGAAACCCGCAGCAAAUGGCGUGGCUGCCUCUCCCGCGCCACAGCCGCGCACGUCUAGCGCCCCCGGCCCCGGCCCCGAGCGGAGCCCCGCAGGCUGGAGCGCCCGCGUAGUGCCCUCUCCCACUUCCAAUGGCCAUGUGCCCAAGCACAACUCUCCUGGCUCCGGCUCGCAGUCCAGUCCGCCAGUUAAGGACCCCGACCGGGGGCCCUCGAAACUCUCUCCUGCGCCCCAGAAAAGGUCCUCAGAACAAAAACUCCCUCUCCAAAGGCUGCCUUCCCAGGAGAACGAGCUCCCCGAGAACCCCUCGGUGGUCUUGAGCACAAACAGCCCCGCUGCCCUCAAAGUGGGUAAGCAGCAGAUCAUCCCCAAAAGCUUGGCCUCGGAAAUUAAACUAAGUAAAUCCAACAGUCAGAACGUGGAACCGCACAAGAGGCUGCUCAAGGUGCGCAGCAUGGUGGAGGGCCUCGGAGCGCCCCUGAGCCACGCGGGGGAGGAGAGCGAGGUGGACAACGACGUGGACAGCCCGGGCUCUCUGCGGAGGGGCCUGCGGUCCACCUCCUAUCGCAGGGCCGUGGUCAGUGGCUUUGACUUUGACAGCCCUACCAACUCAAAGAAGAAGAACAGAAUGUCCCAGCCUGUUUUGAAAGCAGUGAUGGAAGACAGGGAGAAGUUUUCCAGCCUGGGAAGGAUCAAGAAGAAAAUGCUGAAAGGACAAGGAACGUUUGAUGGGGAAGAAAAUGCGGUCCUGUAUCAGAACUACAAAGAGAAGGCUCUGGACAUUGAUUCUGAUGAAGAGUCGGAGCCCCGAGAACAGAAGUCGGAGGAGAGGCUUGUGAUUCACCAUAAGCCACUGAGGUCCACCUGGAGCCAGCUCUCUGCGGUAAAAAGAAAUGGGUUGUCCCAGACAGUCAGCCAGGAAGAAAGAAAGAGACAAGAGGCCAUCUUUGAAGUCAUAUCCUCCGAACAUUCGUAUUUACUCAGCUUGGAGAUCUUGAUACGAAUGUUUAAAAAUUCUAAAGAACUGAGCGAUACGAUGACGAAGACCGAGAGACACCACCUCUUCUCCAACAUCACGGACGUGUGUGAGGCCAGCAAAAAAUUCUUUACAGAGUUGGAAGCAAGACAUCAGAAUAACAUCUUCAUCGAUGACAUCAGUGACAUUGUGGAGAAGCACACAGCGUCCACCUUUGACCCCUAUGUGAAGUACUGCACCAAUGAGGUCUACCAGCAGCGGACGCUGCAGAAGCUGCUAGCCACCAACCCCGCCUUCAAGGAAGUGCUGUCACGGAUCGAGUCCCAUGAAGACUGUAGGAACCUGCCCAUGAUCUCUUUUCUCAUCCUCCCCAUGCAGAGGGUGACCCGCCUUCCUCUGCUGAUGGAUACCAUCUGCCAGAAAACCCUGAGGGACUCUCCCAAGUACGAGGCCUGCAAGAGGGCCCUGAAGGAAGUGAGCAAGCUGGUUCGACUGUGCAAUGAAGGAGCCCGUAAGAUGGAGAGGACCGAGAUGAUGUACACCAUUAACUCCCAGCUGGAAUUUAAAAUUAAGCCCUUCCCCUUGGUGUCCUCGUCCCGGUGGCUGGUGAAGAGGGGGGAGCUGACAGCCUUCGUGGAGGACACGGUGCUCUUCUCCAGGAGGACCUCCAGGCAGCAGGUCUACUUCUUCCUCUUCAACGACGUGCUCAUCAUCACCAAGAAGAAGAGUGAGGAAAGUUACAACGUCAACGAUUAUUCCUUAAGAGAUCAGCUAUUGGUGGAAUGUUGUGACAAUGAAGACCUCAAUUCCUCUCCAGGGAAGAACAGUUCCACCAUGCUGUAUUCACGACAGAGCUCCGCUAGUCACCUAUUCACCCUGACGGUCCUGAGUAACCACGCAAAUGAGAAAGUGGAAAUGCUGCUGGGAGCCGAGACGCAGAGUGAGCGGGCUCGCUGGAUCACCGCCCUGGGACACAGCAGCGGGAAGCAGCCUCCAGACCGAACCUCACUGACCCAGGUGGAAGUCAUCAGGUCCUUCACAGCCAAGCAGCCAGAUGAGCUCUCCCUGCAGGUGGCCGAUGUGGUCCUCAUCUAUCAGCGCGUGGGUGAUGGCUGGUAUGAGGGGGAGCGGCUUCGAGAUGGAGAAAGAGGCUGGUUCCCUAUGGAAUGUGCCAAGGAGAUAACAUGUCAGACGACCAUUGACAAGAACGUGGAGAGGAUGGGCCGUCUGCUGGGACUGGAGACCAACGUGUAGCCUCUGGAUGGCCUUCUGUUACUGCAAGAUUUGCACGUCGAGAUGGGGGGCUGGUUGGUUCUGUGCCAGUUUCACUGUUAAUUUUAUCACAGCCUGUUUAAUUAAAAGAAUGAAAACCCUCGCCUUUAAAGCUUGCCAAGUUGCUCUGUUCUCUCAGGAGAAUAGCUUCCUGGCAGAGUUGGUCCAGGAAGCUGGGUUUCUACCUGCAGUCCCUGGCACAGCUCUCUGGGCACACAGAGCAGGCCCCUGGGGCUCCCAUGGGCUCUGCUCUAGCCCCACUGCAUUCUGGUGUGAAGAAGUCAGGGACGUGAGAUGCUGGGCUCUGGCCUCUAGCCUAAGAACGCAGCCACGCUCCAUUCAGCAUCUCCUUCACUGGGCUUUUCCAGGAUUAGCGGUUUUGUCUUUAAGGAAUGCCCACUUUUGUAAAUAAUUUUCCCUGCCUCAAGUUCAUUUCAGAAAAAACUGGGGUUCAGAAAGCAAGCUGUUGUGUUUUCUAAACCUCUUCCUCCAAAAAAAAGGGAAAUUGACACUUGAAGUUUUGCCACUGUUUUCCUCACUACAAGGGAAGUGAGGAAGCUCCCGUAGGAAGUUUUUGGUAAUCCAUUUCAUUCAGUGUUGGUCCUAGAAAAGUACAGUUUAAUAAAGCUAAGUUACUUGGCGUAACAUAGAAUUUACAUGGUUCACAUGUAGGAAAAUCAUAAACACAGGACAGGGAUCCUGCUUUUUUUUCAUGUUGCCCAAAGAGCUAUAAAAAAAAAAACUGACCUGAGGCUGCUUAGCCUUCAAUGAUGCGUGGACUAUUCCCACCUGUUUCCGGGUAGGAAAUUGGCUGGAACGUGCUUUAGCCGUCUCCAGGAAGAGAAGUCAAGCCUUGGAGGUAUCCGGAAGCUGGCGUGACACUUACUUGAACGGUUCUGACCUUUGCACCAGUAGCCUUGCUUGCUGGGCUUGCAGUCUCUCUGAACCAUGAGUUUCUGCAAACUUACUUUCUUUCACUGGUGCAAGGAGAGACAAAGGUCAUUUAAGUGCCAUUUUGUCAAAAGGGAGCAAGGGUUUGGAAAACUGGGAUGUGAGAUGGGAGGGGAGUAAUGAUUUUUACUGGCAGCUCCAUUUCCCUUUCUUUUCCAUUUUCUUCAACAAAAGGGAUGAAAUAUGGCAAAGUAGAUAUUGUUGGAAGACCGAGACCUGUGUCUGACGUGUCCCAGAUGCUGUCUGCUGACCAGUCACUCAAACUGUAAGGCCCCAGUAGGUGUGUGUGGCUCACAGGCCCUCCCUUCUGAGCAGUAAACCAGGGUGGACACCCUUGAGUUGUUCAUCACCUGUGCAUACUUUCUGGUUCCAAAAGACAUUCCAGACCCCAGUUCCUUGAGGCUGAUCAGUCUGUGAAUGAGGCAAGAGCAGCCCACAGCAGGCUUAGUCCUGGGCUUACAGAGGAAGCCGCUCCUCUUUAAUGACAUCACAGACUUUUCAGAGGAGAGGGAAUGAGUGGAAGUAGCUAGUGUCACCUUUUCUUUAGGAAGGAAGGUCAUUUUGUUGCUUAUAAGGGGAUCGUUUUGCAUUAUCUUUGCUAAUAUUGAGUUGAAGCUAAAAAGCAACUGCAUGAAUCCUGUGAAUUAAUUUAUAAGUGGAAAAGUUGAGCAGUUUUGGAAAUGUGUGCAUUUUAUAAAUCAAAGCAGGAGCUUAGUACUGUUAGGGAAGGGGUGGCUGUGUGGCAGAUAUUUGACUCAUUCACAACAGGGUUUCCUUUCAACCGUGAAUUGUUUUUCAUGUGACACAGUAUUUUUUCUCCAACCAACCCAGUUCAGUUUCUUUGAAUACCUUCUCUGAAUUGUACAGUGACUAUUCAUGGAAAACAAAAAUGUCGCUUUUGUUCCAGUCAGUUCAGACUGUUUGUACACUUUCAACAGAAUUUAUGAAUUUAUAUAAAGAUUUUGGAUAGACCUGU